GGCUUUAACCCACUGAGCCACCCAGGUGCCCCCUAAGCCUGCAUUCUUAAACAACAGAUGAAGUAGCGAAUACAUUCACCUAAGCGGGGGUUAAACACCACCUCUUUAGAGACUCUAUCCCAGAAUCCUGCAACUUUGUUUUAUCUUGCACCUGGCUUCUUUAUAGUUUUAUUUUUGGGUAUUCUGUGAAAAUGUAUUUGGAAAACUUUGUCAGGUUGGGUGUAUUCUGCAAAGAUUAAUGGGGGGAGAGGUGUUUGAAGAUAUUUGAUGGAUGCAAGGGCGAUGAAUUUGAAAUUAUCAUUGGAGAGUUGGAAAAAGGACUAUCAUUAUAGAAGUGGAAGAGACUUUAUAGAAUCAUUGAAUAUUUAAGAGAACUUGAUUGCUCUUUUGUGAAUGAUAUUUUUUGAUCCUCAUGAUGUAUUUGUCUACCAUAUUAUUAUUCCUAGUCAUAUUUGCCUUGAGACCUAACCACUGCAUGUAAUAACUUUUAAAAAAUGAGACAUGCUUAGAUUACAAAUGAGAUAGCAGGAAUAGAUACCCUGUCAUUCUAGUAGGCUUGGAUAUACCCCCCCUUGCCUUCUGUUGCCUGUAAACCCUCCACAGGACUUCAUUCUUUAUUCCCUCCUUAACUGUUGGUUGUUUCCUGGGCGAGAAAGAAGAUUACCAGGUUCACAUUUCAGAAAUCAAACAAAAAGGUGAAAAACACUUAGGUUGUGUUGUGGAGUGUGGGUUAGAGGGAGUUAAGACUGGAGGAAGGAGAUUGAAUAUUCAGUAGGAACUUUAAAUCUGAGGGUCAGGAGAAAGGUGUGGACUGGAUAUAUGUGUUUGGGACUCACUACCAACAAGUAGAGGUUGAUGCUGGAAGUCGAAUGCCUGUUAAGGACAGAAGAGGAGUAGAAUGAAGUCUUGGAAAAAGUGACACUGAGGAGGUAACUAUAAGAAUAGGACUAGCAGACACUGAAAAAAGGUCUGAGAAGUAGGAGAGGAAUCCAUCCAAAAAGAGGGGUGUCAUGUAAGCCAAAGGGAGAGUUUUAAGAAGGAAGAUGUGAAAAAUAAGCUGAUUGAAUGCGAGAAGUUCAGCAAACCCAAGAAUUAAGAAAUUCACAUUUGGAUUUUGUCCGCUAGGAGGUGAUUCCUAUGCUGAUUAUAAGAUGUUUAACUUCCAGGAUGUGAAGAUUUAGUAAACCUUUGACCAUCUGUGUGAAUUUGUUAAUGUGGAAAGAAUGGAAUUUUGUUUAUUCUAAUCCCAACAAAAUAUUUUUGUCACAUAAUAACAUCAUGAAAAAAAAAGAAAAACAAAAAUGUGUUGAUAAAAAAUAAUCAAAUGAUGAAUGAAUAAUAAAUUAAUGAUACUUCUAGUAUCAUUUAGUGUUAUAUUUUAGUGAAUAUAUAAAGUUAUCAUCUAAACUGGGAUACUUGUAAGAAGGAAAGGGUAACUAUGAGUAAUUUUAGUACAUAUAAACCUUAUCUAUCCCAGGUAAUCAAGGAGGAAUGCUCACCUUGAUUAUAGUUCAUGUUUAUUGAGUGCUAGCUAUAUGCCAGACACUGAGAUGAGUUCGUUACCAGUUUAUAUGAUUUAAUGACUGAGGUUUUGGUUGCCAACAUUCAUAAUUCUGUCUUUGUAUAUACUGAAUUUACUGACAGAAAUGCUGUAUAUAAUUUUGAUGACCUUAUAGAACUUAACUCUUUAUUUUAAAAAAACACAAAAAUUGGUACUUACUGUAUGCCAAAUUAUGUCCUAGGGAAUGGAGAAAUGAAGAUGAUUAAUACAUGUUUCUCAUUGUUAAUGAUGUACCAGUGAGACUGAGAAACUCUGAGAACAGAAUUUCAGUAUAAUGUGAUCAAACAAAUAAUAGAAGUCUGUUGAAGCUUUGUCCUGACCUAUUCUGGAAGUAGAAGAAUACCCUGGAGAAAGGAGCAUUGUAAGCACAAAGAAUAAGACUCCUCAAUCCUGGGAGAGAGAAUUAAAGUCUAACCCUCCAAAUGGCUUUUCUAAUGUGAUGCUGGGAUUGAGUUUACCUAGGACUCCGUAUCAAGGUUGAUUCAAAAGUCUUGUGGAAGAUUUGGGAGAAAUUCGUAUUAAGUCAUGAUGCAGGAAUCUGCGACAGAGACAAUAAGCAACAGUUCAAUGAAUCAAAAUGGAAUGAGCGCUCUAAGCAGCCAAUUAGAUGCUGGCAGCAGAGAUGGAAGAUCAAGUGGUGACACCAGCUCAGAUGUUAGCCCCGUAGAACUGCUGCACCUGCAACAACAGCAGGCUCUCCAAGCAGCAAGACAACUUCUCUUACAACAGCAAACAAGUGGAUUGAAAUCUCCUAAGAGCAGUGAUAAACAGAGACCACUGCAGGAAUUGCUUCCAGAAACAAAAUUAUGUGUCUGUGGCCACUCUUCUGGUGAUGGGCAUCCUCACAACACAUUUGCAGUGCCCGUGUCGGUGGCCAUGAUGACUCCCCAGGUGAUCACCCCUCAGCAGAUGCAGCAGAUUCUUCAGCAACAAGUCCUGUCUCCUCAGCAGCUCCAAGCCCUUCUCCAGCAGCAGCAGGCAGUCAUGCUGCAGCAGUCAAAAUGGUUUAUUCAGCAACAACUACAAGAGUUUUACAAGAAACAGCAAGAGCAGUUACAUCUUCAGCUUUUGCAGCAGCAGCAACAGCAGCAGCAGCAGCAGCAGCAGCAGCAACAGCAGCAGCAGCAGCAACAGCAGCAGCAGCCCCAGCAGCCCCAGCAGCCGCCGCCGCCACCCCACCCCGGCAAGCAGGCGAAGGAGCAGCAGCAGCAGCAGCAGUUGGCAGCCCAGCAGCUUGUCUUCCAGCAGCAGCUCCUCCAGAUGCAACAACUCCAGCAGCAGCAGCAUCUGCUCAGCCUUCAGCGUCAGGGACUCAUCUCCAUCCCACCUGGCCAGGCGGCACUUCCUGUCCAAUCGCUGCCUCAAGCUGGACUAAGUCCUGCUGAGAUUCAGCAGUUAUGGAAAGAAGUGACUGGAGUUCACAGUAUGGAAGACAAUGGCAUUAAACAUGGAGGGCUAGACCUCACUACUAACAAUUCCUCCUCGACUACCUCCUCCACCACUUCCAAAGCAUCACCACCAAUAACGCAUCAUUCCAUAGUGAAUGGACAGUCUUCAGUCCUAAGUGCAAGGCGGGACAGCUCGUCACACGAGGAGACUGGGGCUUCUCACACUCUGUACGGCCAUGGAGUUUGCAAAUGGCCAGGCUGUGAAAGCAUUUGUGAAGAUUUUGGACAGUUUUUAAAGCACCUUAACAACGAGCAUGCGCUGGACGACCGGAGCACGGCCCAGUGCCGAGUGCAAAUGCAAGUGGUCCAACAACUAGAAAUACAGCUUUCUAAAGAACGCGAACGUCUUCAAGCAAUGAUGACCCACUUGCACAUGCGACCCUCAGAGCCCAAACCAUCUCCCAAACCUCUAAAUCUGGUGUCUAGUGUCACCAUGUCGAAGAACAUGUUGGAGACAUCCCCACAGAGCUUACCUCAAACCCCUACCACACCAACGGCCCCAGUCACCCCGAUUACCCAGGGACCCUCAGUAAUCACCCCAGCCAGUGUGCCCAAUGUGGGAGCCAUACGAAGGCGACAUUCAGACAAAUACAACAUUCCCAUGUCAUCAGAGAUUGCCCCAAACUACGAAUUUUAUAAAAAUGCAGAUGUCAGACCUCCAUUUACUUAUGCAACUCUCAUAAGGCAGGCUAUCAUGGAGUCAUCUGACAGGCAGUUAACACUUAAUGAAAUUUACAGCUGGUUUACACGGACAUUUGCUUACUUCAGGCGUAAUGCAGCAACUUGGAAGAAUGCAGUACGUCAUAAUCUCAGCCUGCACAAGUGUUUUGUUCGAGUAGAAAAUGUUAAAGGAGCAGUAUGGACUGUGGACGAAGUAGAAUACCAGAAGCGAAGGUCACAAAAGAUAACAGGAAGCCCAACCUUAGUAAAAAAUAUACCUACCAGUUUAGGCUAUGGAGCAGCUCUUAAUGCCAGUUUGCAGGCUGCCUUGGCAGAGAGCAGUUUACCUUUGCUUAGUAACCCGGGACUGAUCAAUAACGCCUCCAGUGGCCUACUGCAGGCCGUCCACGAAGACCUCAAUGGCUCCCUGGACCACAUCGACAGCAACGGAAACAGUAGUCCGGGCUGCUCGCCGCAGCCGCACAUACAUUCGAUCCAUGUCAAGGAAGAGCCGGUGAUUGCGGAGGAUGAAGACUGCCCAAUGUCCUUAGUGACAACAGCUAAUCACAGUCCAGAAUUAGAAGAUGACAGAGAGAUUGAAGAAGAGCCUUUAUCUGAAGAUCUGGAAUGAGAACUGACUUGUAAACCUCAGCGUGAAGGGACAUAUCACUGACCUUCAUAACCACUCCACAACCAUGAAUAUUUGACAAAUUUUUACUGUGACUAUUUAUUAAGCAUGGAUAAAGGAGACAGCCCUAAAGGAACUUACUAAGCCAGCCCUUUGGGAUUCAGUACCAACAGGCAAAUUGCUUGUUUUCUUCCCUUCCUCUCUCUCUCUUUCUCCCUCUCAAUCUCUCUCUCUAUCUUUUUUUUUUUU